UAUACUUUUGUUACAGAUCAACCAUGUCGUCCUUCCAAGAAGUUCCAUCUUCAGCUAGCGCUUUGCAGACUUCCAAUUUUGCACAUGUGAUUUUUCAAAAUGUGGCAAAAAGUUAUCUUCCAAACACCCAUCUUGAAUGUCACUACACUCUGACCCAGUUUAUCCAUCCUCAUCAGAAGGACUGGGUUGGCAUUUUCAAGGUUGGUUGGAGUACUGCAAGAGAUUAUUACACAUUUCUUUGGUCACCUAUGCCAGAAAAUUAUGUGGAAGGAUCAACUGUUAACUGUGUGCUGACGUUUCAAGGGUAUUAUCUCCCAAAUGAUGAUGGGGAAUUUUAUCAGUUCUGUUACGUGACUUACAAAGGAGAAAUCCGUGGAGCAAGCACACCUUUCCAGUUUCGGACCUCUUCUCCUGUUGAAGAAUUGCUCACUAUGGAAGAUGAAGGAAACUCUGAUAUGUUAGUGGUGACCACAAAAGCUGGACUUCUUGAGUUUAAAAUUGAAAAAAUCAUUAAAGAAAAAGAAGAGCUAUUAAAGAUAACUUCUGUUCUGGAGAAGGAAACGACACAACUCAGAGAUCAAGUUGAAAGACUGGAAAAAGAACUUAACCAUGAGAAGCAGAGAUGUGACCAACUGCAAACAGAGCAAAAGAAUAAUAUUCAAGCAUCAGAAGCUCUUAAAAGUGAAAAUGAUGAUUUGAAGAAGAAGCAUGAUGAGGCUGCCUCAAAAGUUCUCCAGCUUGAAGAAGAUAUCGUGGCUGUUACUCAAAAAGCCAUUGCAAAAGAAACUGAGCUAGACAGUCUGAAGGACAAACUGAAGAAAGUGAUGCUUGAGAAGGAGCAACUUGAAUGUGUGUUAAAGACAGAAAAGGAUGAAAAAGAACUUUAUAAGAUACACUUGAAGAAUACAGAAAUAGAAAACACCAAACUAGUAAAAGAAAUCCAGACGUUUAAGAAUUUGGAUGCAAACAAAGAAAACAUGAUAUCGUAUUAUAAAGAGGAGGUUGGCAGAUUACAGCUAUGUAUAGCUGAAAAAGAAAAUAUGAAGAAAGCUUUUUUGCUCUCCUCAUCAAACAAGGAGGAUGCAAGUGUUUUAAAAGAACAGCUUCGGAAAGCCGAAGAUCAGAUUCAGGCUAGCAAACAAGAAGCUGUUUUAAUGUCAAAAGAGCUGAGUGAUGCAGUAAAUGUGCGAGAUAAGACGAUGGCAGAUCUUCACAGUGCACGUCUGGAAAAUGAAAAAUUUAAAAAGCAACUUGCUGAAGCUUUAGCUGAACUUAAAAAAAUCACAACUUUGAAAAAUGAACAGGAAACUUCUAACACAGUGGAGCAGGAACUGCGCAGAGAAGUUGAAGAUCUGAAGCUUCGUCUACAAAUGGCUGCUGAUCAUUACAAGGAAAAAUUCAAAGAAUGUCAAAAACUUCAAAAGCAAGUAAACAAGUUUACAGAACAAGCAAAAACUGCAGGGCAUCCACAGAAACAGACAGAUGCAUCUAACAUUGAGACAGCUACUGCCGUUGUUACAGACAAAAAGUUGUCUGCGUCUCCAGUUAGCCCCACUUCAUCUGACAUAGUUUCGGAAUUUGUGGUAAAGGAGCAAGUACGUGAAAUGAACAAAGAAAUUGCUGAGAAAACAGAGAAGUAUAAGAAAUGCAAGCAAAUGUUGGCAGAAGAGAAGUUGAAGUGCAGUGUUUAUGCUGAUGAACUGGCUAAACUGGAGCUGAAGUGGAAAGAACAAGUGAAAAUCAAUGAAGGUAUAAAACUACAACUAGCAGCAAUGGAGGAUCAGUAUAAAAUUCAGCUGGCAGAAAAAGAGAGACGAAUAAAGGACCUGUCGUCACAGCUGGAGCUCCUUACCAGUGAGAAGGUAUUGUCACACACUCUGAAAUAUUAA